AUGUUUGCUUUUUCCGGUGGCGUCUACCUGGACUAUCUUCCUGCUAUGUACGGAUAUCAGGAGAAGCCUGGCUGCUUGCACAUCAGCCUCGAAGCCACAGCCUUGGCCUACAUGGCAAAGGAGCAUCAUCGGAAAGAUUUGCGACAGAUGGCACUGCAGAGCUACGGUACUGCAUUAUCACAAACGAACCUCGCAUUACAAAAUCUCAAACCGGCCAUGAAACUAGAGACGGCGACGUCUGUACUUCUCUUGGCUCUUUUCACAGUGAUAUCACCGCAGAAUUCAAGUCAGCCGCAAAAUAUCUGGUCAGAGCAUGUACGUGGAGCCUUGGCGAUACUGGGUUCUUGUGGUCCGGACAUGUUCAACAGUCUUCCUGCCCAAGGCAUUCUCCACCAUGUCAUUUCAACUGUCCAAAUUGAUUGUCUGGACCGCCGUGUUCAGAUGCCCUCUCAAUUACAGGCUCUAUAUUAUUUGUCAUGGCUGAAUCCUGGACCCCAAGUACAACUUUGGUCUUUGAUAGAUCGCCUUGCCGAGCUCGCUGCUUCAAUUGGUAGAAUGCCAAUAUGCCUAUCAGAAAUCGAGAAAAUACGCGAUCUCGACUCAAGCUUCGAAGAACUAAUGAAAUGCAUGCCAGAAGCCUAUAGCAAUUGCUUCGAAUUCGAAGAAUGCACAGCCACCGCUACUCAACUAUUGGAAGGAGAGGCCAUUGAGCGAAUCCCAGUCCUCAAGUUCAGUAGCUUCAGAAUGGCUCAGAGAUGGAAUACCCUACGACUUUUACGUCUACGCAGCAUAGAUCUUCUCACAUUUGCAACGUCCGCUUAUCUCUCAUUCAGCCCAGAGAGGACUAAUCUGGAUGGGGACCUCAAAUCAUGCCUCGACAAUGCAUCUGAAACAGCAAAGCAAAUCACCAUCGAGAUUUGCGCCACAGUACCAGAAUAUCUCAGGCCUGACCAGUUCACUCGAUUGCAUAAUAUUGGUGUCGAGGAAUCUGCCUGGGCGCGAUCACUUGGAUGGCCAUUAAGCAUGGCAAAGGCCAAUGCACAUAAUUCGAAAUCCCUACAAGACUAUGUCGAGAGGCAAUUUCAGGUUAUUCGGGGAAUUUCGCGCACACGGGAUCUAGAUUUUGCACCGGGUUGCCAGCCUGGCUCGCUUGUUAUGGAUGGGUAA